CACCAGGAAAUCUGCCUUUAAUCACUGAGAAAGCAGAGAGCUCAUUGGGUUCCCUCGACAGUGGCUUUGAUUCCCAGUCGAUGGAGGUUGACGAGGACGGCAGGAUAGAGGAUGGGAUGAUUGGGGAUAAGUGUGGUAAAAGAUUAUCCCCAAAUGCCCCAACAUCAUCACCUGAGCUGCUGCAGGCUGUGAAGAAGUGUAGAGAAAACACAGAAAUCUCAGAGAAGGUAUUAGGAAGUACAAUAUAUACACAAGUAAACGGGAGGAGAAUAUAAACUGUAAACAAACACAUAAUUGAUAUUUGCUGUGUUAGUGUAAUGUACUCAGGUGAAUAAGAUGCUUGUGAUGUUACUCUGAGUGUAUAUCCGUACCGGGCAAGCUUGAAAAAUAUGCCUGGCCACGGUGGGAAUCGAACCUACUACCUUUGGAAUACUAGCCCGGUGUGGAAAUACACUCAGAGUAACAUCACAAGCAUCUUAUUCACCUGAGUACAUUACACCAACACAGCACAUAUCAUGAUUACUAGAUUACAUUGAUAUCGAGGGAACUAGACUCAGUUCCGAAAUAUCACAUACUCGAACCGAGUCUGACCGCGUAGCUCAGUUGGCAGAGCAUUGGGCUAGCAUUCCAAAGGUCGUAGGUUCAAUUCCCACCGUGGCCAGGCAUAUUUUUCAAGCCUACCCGGUGUGGAAAUACACUCAGAGUAACAUCACAAGCAUCAAACACAUAAUUAUCGCAUUUAAUUCCUUGCUCAUUAAUGAAUUUUUAAUGAGUAUGAGAAUAUUAAUUGUAGUUUUAUUUAUAGUUGGCUGUGACGAAUGAACAACUGAAGACCGGAAUUGCUCAAAUAUUUAACGUGUGCUUUGAUGUAAGUGUAUAUUAAAUGUGGUACAUAUUGGGCGCUAAUAUCGUUAUAUAUAAGUACAUAAUAUAACUAUUUUAUAUUGUUAGUUUUUAAAACUGUUCUGGAUAAAACAUUUUAGGAAACGAAAAUACUAUCGUCUACUGCUCAAUAUCUACCAGAGACUUCUGAAGAAUUAUGUAAGAAUUCCUCUGCAGGUACAGUAUGCACAUAAAAACACACAAGUUGUUACAGGUCUGCAAACAAGUUGUUACAAAUCUGUUCACAAGCUGUUGACAAGUUUGUUAACACUGCUCGUUCCCAGUUGUUGUAACAAGUUUGGAAAAAGCUGUUAAGAACUCGUAACAAUCUUGAUGGCAUUAUCAGACUUCUUGCAAGGUUGUUGUAACAAGUUUGAUACAGUCAUGAUAUAAGAAGAAUGUUACAAGGUUGUAACAAUAUUGUUACAUAUCAUGACUGCAUCGGACUUUGAGGACUUGUUGGAACAACCUUGCAACAAGUCUGAUGAUAUCUGGAAAACGUGCUCAUUUAUCGAUAAAUAUAUAAUGUAUAAAAAUUGCAGCUUUUGCCGAUAUGGAAGUGUUCAUAAACGAUGCAUUAAUGGAGAAAAUCGCUGUUGAUAAAUCACAAGAGAAGGAAAAUUCUUCAUCUUGCAAAAAUAAAGAAAACGAAAUGUUGGAUUUUGGCGCGGAACAGUUUCUUUAUUUCAUGGAGUCGUAUGGCAGAGUUAACAAGAUCGAAAAGGAAUAUCAUAAGGUACAAUAGACUGAGUGUACUAUUUAUUACAUUCUUGUCCCAAUUAACUCAAUAGUCAAUAGCCUCAUUUGUACGUCUGCUGUGCCAAAACAGGCAAUCAUGGAUACAAGGCCAUUGGGGCAAAAGUGCAACAAACAGUAAAGUGUACUAUUAUUGGGUUACUUGAUCAACUACUGUAUUGAUUCAUUCUUUUCAGCGCCGUUUAGAUGAAGUCUGGAGUGGGAUGUUAAGACAGGCAAAGACGCAAGCAUUAAGAUUUUCUUCACUUGUACUUCAAGGAACAUUCUCUGAGAGGUCUGUCAAUGGACCAUUUGCAUUAUAGACUAAAUUUUGAUCUAAACAAGUCUAGACAAAAAUUUCAUCACAGCUUGAAAGAGCAUCACAAAAUUAGUAAUAUUCCAAAGUUUUGUUGCGAAAUGUUGUAAAAUGCGGAUCAUAUAGCCUUGCGAAGUUUGCCGUUUUUCAGUUAUUUUCUAUUACAAACGGGAAAUUGACAGCCCCAAAGGGUAUUGGGCUGUCAAUUUCCCCCGCGUAUAAAUGCAAAAUGACUGAAAAACGGCAAACUUCGCAAGGCUAUAUAUUAUCCGCAUUUUACAACAUUUCUCAACGAAACUUUGGAAUAUUACUAAUUUUGUGAUGCUCUUUCAAGCUGUGAUGAAAUUUUUGUCUAGACUUGUUUCGAUCAAAAUUUAGUCUAUAAUGCAAAUGGUCCAUUGGUCUACCAUUUUGUAAAUGAAAACAGCAACGAAUUAGCUAGACUAGUAAAACUGUUUCUCGUUUUCAUAUGAAUGUAAAACCAUAAAUCAAGUCCUGUUUAAUUCCUAUAUAGGUCAGUCCUCAGACCCAGUCCAUUGCUACCGUAUUUACUUGAAGAUAAAACCAAGCGAGCUCCAGGAUUUCUCGAUGAUCUGAUUCAAAUGUUGUCUGACGAUGCCGUUGCCAUGGAAACAGUAUUUGCACCCGUAUUGUUGGGUCUUGCAGAGCGAGUUAAGAAUUGCUCCAUGGCGGACCCGAGUUAUAAAUACCCUCUAGAGGCGAUGGCAGAACUUUGUGAAAUACGACUAGGAUCAGCUUCGAAUAGACCUAUAUGUAACCUGGUAUGGAAAUAUUAACUUGUUGCAGGGUGUUCACGGGCCUUGAAAAUCCUGGAAAAGUGCUUGAAUUGGAAAAAAAUUCCAGGACUGGAAAGUUCUUGAAUUAAGAUGUUGAUUAAAAUUACUGAAUAAAGUGGAUUAUUUACGGCAAAUCCGUGCCAUUUUCAAAGAUUUUUCCGAGAUGUAGGUCCUUGAAUUUACUGAAAAAAGGCCGUGAAAAUCCUGGAAAAGUCCUUGAAUUUCACCUUCACCAAAGGGUGGAAACCCUGUUAUUGGUAAACCACAUUCUGAGUCAUAUGUGACACUAGUUUUCACGUGGAAAAGUGGCUUUCUCUGACCUUUAAGGCCCAUUUACACUUGCAAUAGACAAAUCCCAUUAUAGACUAAUUUUAAAACUAGGCAAGGAGAUGCACAUAGAUCACCACAGCUAGAAAGAGCUACAAUUGCAAUUGCAAAGUUUGGUUGCGAAAUGUUGUAAAAUGUGGAGAAUAUAGCCUUGCAAAGUUCGCAAAUUUUGUAUACUUUUGUAUUUCGCGUGGAAAUUGCUACCACAUUUGGGCCGAAAAUGGUAGCAAUUUCCGCACGCAAUACAAAAGUAUACAAAAUUUGCGAACUUUGCAAGGCUAUAUUUUCCGCAUUUUACAACAUUUCGCAACCAAACUUUGCGAUUUUACUCAUUUUAGCAUGCUCUUUCCGGGAAUAUACUUUUUUGCCAAGAUCAAAAAAUUAGUCUAUAAUGGGAAUUGUCUAUUUGUGCAGCGAUUUUAGGUGCGAUGUUUUUCUUUUGGUGGAUGUGAACGAGUGAAUGAGUUAUAAAUGUUCAGGUGAGGGUACAUGUACUCCAGUGAACUCUAAGGGAACUGGAACGAUAACUUGGCGGCCAUCUUUGAAGCCAAAUUGAAGGCCGCCAUGUACGUAUGGAGUGGAAAAUACGCCACCAAAAAGAUGUCUGUUUUCGACCACUAAAUAGCUGUAUUUCAACAAGGAAAAAAGCUAAAAACUUUCAACAAUACCUGAAAUUUAAUACAAAACAUGUUUCCAGAACGUAGAGCAGUUAUAAAGUUCUUUUUUCAGGAGUCAAAGUGCGAAGUUUUUUUCGGCACGUUCAAAAACUUGUGUAAUAUUUUGAAUAUCAAGCUGUUACCCAGGAAGUUUUUGCUGUUAGUGGAUGUAAAAUACUUAGAACUAUCCAGGAAACCAGGUUUGAAUCUUUAAAGUUGAAGCCUUUUGAUAAAAAAGUACUUUUUCUUGCUGAUUUUCGCUCAAAAACAAACUUUUGACUGAAUUUCCCGCUCCUCGAAACUCUCCCCAGUCCUUUUGAAAGUUAAUUUAUUGCUGGCCGUGCUCGCGAGAAGCGCCAUUUUGGCUUCAGGCAAGUAUGGGCAUGUUUAUCUGCAGUUAGCGUUCCAGUGUUAUUACAGUUCACUGAUGUACUCCGAACAUUCAUAGCUCAUCUGCUCGUUUACAUGCAUCAGAAGGAGAAAACAUUGCAAGUGUAAGCGGGCUCCAAGACAAGUCCCCGCCAGAGUUCCUGCGUCUUAUAGCAUCGGGAGAGAACGUAUUCCACAAUAAUUACAUGAUCUCUAUUGUUUCUUGUCUUUAAGAUGGUUAAACUGCCUUCAUGGCUGCCCAAACCUUUGUCUGAAGCGUGUGGUAACGAACUGGAGAGACUAUCGUUACUUGGACCCUUCUUCAGUCUCUCUGUUUUUGCUGAGGACUCGGUAAGUUCACUCAAAAAAUGAAAGCUCUCGGCCAACUUGGAAAUAUUGUUGCGAUAAGUUUUGAAAAUUGCGGACUGUCCUCGAAAUGUUUGCCAUGCUCUCUUGUUGAGGAAACAAAAUUUAUUUCCUGAGUGAUUUUUGUCAUGGAAACAAUAAUUUAUUUUUGUCAAUCUUUGGAAAAUGUGGCUAGGAAACAAAGUUUCAUGGUUUGCCCACCUUCGGAAAAUAUGGCUAUAGGAAGAAUGUUUCCUGGUUUGCCCACCUUCAGAAAAUAUGGAUAGGAAAUAAUGUUCCUGGUUCGCUCACCUUCAGAAAAUAUGGCUAGGAAACAAUGUUUCCUGGUUUGUUCAGCUUCAGAAAACAUGGCUAGGAAACACUGUUUCCUGGUUUGCUUACCUUCAGAAAACAUGGCUAGGAAACGAUGUUUCCUGGUUUGUCCACCUUCAGAAAAUAUGGCUAGGAAAUAAUGUUUCCUGGUUUGCCCACCUUCAGAAAAUAUAUGGUUAGGAAACAAUGUUUCCUGGUUUGUUCAGCUUCAGAAAACAUAGCUAGGAAACGAUGCUUGGGCAACAAUCUUUUUAAUCUAUUCACGAAGUAUUCUUUGCUUUUGUGCAUCAACUUAUAUUGUACACUGUGUUUCCUUGCAGGAAGCGGUUGCUGAGAAGUAUUUUUCUGGCACGAAUAUGAAAAAAGAUGCAGUGAUUUUGAGCACAAAUCAACUCAGACAGUCUUUGCGUAUUGUUAGGGUGGGUAUUGAUUGUAUUUUCCAACUGUGCCAAUAUUCCAAUGCUAUUCUAAGUCAAAAUCGGCAAGAAAUAAAGCGUUCAUAUAUGCAUGGAAAAUCAUAUCCCACACUUGACUAAGAUCCCACCUGGCCUGGCUCGUUUUCAAUAUGAACACAAAUUCAAUUUUAUGUGCGUUAACAAUAGAUGAUUCGACUAAGUCGAUAGACUAAGAUAGAUUAGUCUAAAGCUGGAAUCACGUAUCAAAAGGCAUGUAGAUUUCAAUCAGUUUCUUGGUUUGCUCGGUUCAUAUGUUGUUUUUUUCUUAACUUUCAGAAUGAACUGUUCAAGAUAAUUCACAGUUUAUUGGUGUCAAUGGAAAGCAGAGAAAAGACUCUCGAAUAUUUAGCUGAAGUUCUAUCAAGGAAUCGUAAACGCUCUCAUAUUCAGGUAGACUUAUUAAAUUGAACUGUUGAACAUUCGAACACAAAAAGCAGGCAAUGCCAUGGAAAAUUACAGCAGUGAUUGUAAAAUUGAAAGCAGUAUGUAUUUCUUUCCGUACAGAGUGAUGAUACAAAACAUUCCUCGAAUGGGUUCAUGACAAAUUUCCUGUCCGUCUUGCAAACGCUAUGCCACAAAGUCACUUUAGAUAAGGUCGGUUUGAGUAAGUCGCCUCGGUUACAUGUGAGAAGAGUGCUUUCAGAUUCUACCAAACACCGUCGGUGACGUGGGUUUCUUUCUGUGGUAACACUGGGCAAAUUGGAGAUGGCCCUUUCUGGACUUCUAAGGGAAGCAACUUAGAACUGAUUGAGUUAUCCCGAAUAAAAAAGCUAGUUUAAAAGUCUAGAUUCUUCCUGUAGUAACAAUGGAUCAAUAAGGAGUGAUUCUUUGUUGAACAGUUUGGUUCAGACAGCGCUAUCGUGUAUAAUAUAAAGUUAGUUUAGUUUAGUUUAGUUUACUUCGACGGAAACUUUUCAUUGAAUACCAAGUUAUUUUUUUGCUAGAUCAAUCAUUACUAUCUGCACCAUCCCAAGAGUCGUAUUGAUAUUUCUCAAGACACAAAGAUGAAAGGAACUUCGGAGGAGAUUAAGAAAUGGAAGAAUGAGCUGAGUAAGUCUUAUCUCCAGCUCCAUAAUAUAUCUGACUGCAUCUAACCUCCCCCCCCCCCGGUGCGUCUCAUUUCUAGUGGUUUGAAUCCUUGUGAAAAGUCAUUAAAAUUUGUGGCUUCGUUCCUUUUCAGAUUCAAACAUGGAGUGGAAGCCAGUGAAAUUUCCAACGGAAUGUUACUUCAUGUGUUUUCAGUGUCAUCACCUGUCCAUCAUGCCAUGCUUGCAGCAAUACUCGAGGACAUGGAGGACACUUAGGGACAUGACUAGGAUGGUAGAGGAACUCGAGGGACGCGAGGGAGAAUGGAAGGAUACACCAAUGGCAGCAAGGAAUAAAUUAUUGCUAAAGCGAUGGAAGGAAAAAAUAAAGGUAACCCAAACGUUAAUGCACAGUUGUAUGUCGGUAUUAGGUUAGCAUAAUAGUUCAGGGGGCGUUUGUUCGAAGGCCGGAUAUAUUUCUCAACCAUUGUAAAAUUUCUUGAAAACUAUGGAUUGAUUAUGUUUUUUUCUACAUGCAGAAACUGAUGGACUCGAAAGUUUGUUCAGAUGUAGUGUUAUUAGAUCCAGACUUUCUACACAACUGUCUUAAAUACUAUAGCUCGACAGCAGAAUGGAUUGUUAUGCUGAUGAGAAAUUUUAAACAAAGGUAUUAUAACUUGAACAUAUAUAACAUGGAUAUAUAUAGCUUUCGCACUUGAUAGGUUUAUCAGAUAUUAUUAAUCUGUUCUUCCUAGAGUUCCAGUAUAAGGAUCAUCGCUUAUUGUUUCAGUCUUAAUUACUAUACUAUAUUUCACAACUAACUACAUGUAACUUUAUUUAUACUGGAUAGUUCUAUCUGUUCUAAACUGUUCUUCCUAGAGGUCCAGUAACGUGCUAUCCCUUAUUGAUCCAGUGUUACUAUAUAGGUGCAACCUGAACUAAACUACAUUUAUUGAUACUGGAUGGUUCUAAGGUCGUGUUCUUCUAAAGGUCCAGCAAUGGUCAUCCCUAUAUUUGUCCAGUGUUGCUACUAUACUUCCAAGAGGAAACCUAGAGUCUAACUGGAAACACUCUCUUCUCAAAUACGACUGAUAAUUCGACAACUGUAUAUCGUAGGGAUAGAACCACCAGCAUUUCCAUUCACCAUUUUAUACUAUUGUGUUUCUCCGCAGUCCAGUUGAGCUGCCUUUAGGCGCUGAAGUUCCGCAAUUAUUUGCUGCUUUGCCGGAAUACUAUAUAGAAGACAUCGCAGAUUUUCUUACUUUUAUAAACGUGUAAGUAUGACGUUGUUUUAGAUAUUCGGCCCAUGCAAGUGACUUCAUUGACGUCUUUUUCAGUCAAACGCAAGAUCUUAUCAAUUAGUCAACAUCUACUGUUUAUUUCAGCCAUGGUACAGAAAAUCUGCAAGUUGCGUCAAUGAAGAAUAUUGUUAUGUUAAUGAUCUUGGUGAUAUGUAGUCCUUCGUAUUUGUCUAAUCCUUACCUUACUGCUAAAUUAAUAGAGGUUCGUCUCUUUUAAAUGGCUUUAAAAACGACCCAUCUUAUGAGUUCGUUGGCGAAGUAAUUUUAAAAAUAAACCUUGUCUAAGCCGAGAAAAUACAAGCUAAAGUUUAUAUGUAAAUAUAUUAAUAUGAUUUUUUAUCACAUAUAAAACCACCAACACGGUAAAGAUUUCCUUUGUCUUUUUUCCUUUGUCUUUGAGUUUUUGAAGUUUCAUAUAUAUCUAUUGCGUGUGAAGCAUUAUCUAUCCUAAUCGCCUAACCCUAAUCGUGACCUAAUGUCGUUCAUUUGUUUCGUUUAGGUAAUAUUCAUAGGUAUUUUGGUCAAUCAACCAAAGGAAUGUCCUUGGGUAGAAACGUUAAAAUACGAUCCGAUAUGCCGGGACAAACUUUCUCCUGCGUUGAUGAGAUUUUAUACAGGUAAACUAACUAACUAAAUAAAGACAUUGCAUUAUAUAAACUAUACUGACUUUAUUGAUCUUGGAUAGAUCUAUCAGUACCAAACUAUUAUCCCUAGAGCUCUAGUAAUGUCCUUCCUAGCCUGUCCAGUCGUAUUGCUGGAGGAAACUGAAGUAUACGUGGUGAAAAUGUGCGGUGUCAAUGAUAAAUUGACAAUAUUUAACUAUUAUUUUGUGUUUCUAAAACUAUGUAAACUACAAAAUAAACAAAGUAAUUUUAAGAGAAACGCCAAAAACACUUUUCAUCACAAUAAAGCGACAUUGAAAAUAAAUGCCUCUGAAUAAAUUUCUAGAUGUGGAAUCCACUGGUUCUUCAAGCGAGUUUUAUGACAAGUUCAGUAUUCGUCACCAUAUCUCAGUGAUAGUAAAAGAACUAUGGAAAGACUUGUAUCAUAAGCUCGCUAUACUUGAACACAGCAGAUCAAACGAGUUUGUACGCUUCGUGAAUAUGUUAAUUAACGAUACAACUUUCUUACUGGACGAGUCUUUGAACUGCCUCAAGUCAAUCAAUGAAAUACAACAGUUGAUGAAGAAUAGACCCGAAUGGGAAGCUUUGACCAGGGUGAGUGUUAUCUUGGACGUACAGAGGCGCAGGGCACAUUGGCUUUCGUUAUGUCUUUCGUUAUGUCUUUCGUUAUGUUUGCAACUCAAUUUGUGUGUGUUUGUUGUUUGCUUGUUUGUUGUGUGUUUGUUUGUUUGUUUGUUUGUUUGUUUGUUUGUUUGUUUGUUUGUUUGUUUGUUUGUUUGUUUGUUUGUUUGUUUGUUUGUUUGUUUGUUUGUUUGUUUGUUUGUUUGUAUAAUUUAACAGACGGUGGAGCUGAAAAAUGCAUGAAUACAUAACUUUUUAUCGACAAGAUAUCUCAAAAUGUUGUGCAAGGUUGUUUAUAAAUCGUGAAUCUGUAAGGUCUUUAGGAGCACAAAGCCAAAAAGGUAGAUUGAAAUAUGAUUUACUAAAACUCGCUGGCGGUGGUGUGAAUUCUACCGGCUAUAUACUAUAUAGUGUUGAUAAUGUAAUGACUUUUUUCGUACUAUGCUGUCUGUUAUCACAGGAAGCUCGUACCACACAUCAGCGUCAACUGGCCAGCAAUGAAAGGCAAUGCAAAUCUUACUUAACGUUCGCCAAUGAAACUGUGGACAUGAUGCAUUAUUUAACGAAGGAGGCAAGAGAACCUUUCUUGAAAGCGGUAAGGAGCUUAUUUCCGACGGCGUGCUAUUAGUCAUAUCCUAAUUCCAACCAUAACUUUUAUUCUAAUCCUAUCCCUGUGAGCACCUUAUAUAUCUGGAGUGAGAAUUCGAGUCCAAGCCAAGAUGGAGCUGUUGGACGUCAGUUUCAGUCCCUACAGCAUGUCAACAAGAUGUGUUCGCCCUAGUUGUUUCUAGUUGUUGACAAAAGUCUGGAACAAGUCGUGGUCAUCUUGUUACAAGCUAGGUUGAUGAGGCCAACAGACUCGCAACAAGUUGCUCCAACAAGUCUGAUAUUGUCUGCACGUAACAAGUUGUUAACAAGUUUAUGACAACAAGCUCGUAGCAACUUGUUACGAACAACCUGUAUUAGUCUUGUUGGAACAACUUGGAGCAAGUCUGUUACCGUCGUCAACCUUGUAACAACGUGAUAACAGCUUGUUCCAGAUUUACCACAACAACCACGGAAACGCAAGAACUCCCUUUACAAAUGCCAGAACUUGGUUUUCAAAUGCCAGAACUACCUUUUCAAACGCCAGAACUCCGUUUUCAAACGCCAGAACUUCCUUUACAAAUGCCAGAACUCCCUUUGGAAAUGCCAGAACCCCCUUUUGAAAUGCCAGAACUUGGUUUUCAAAUGGCAGAAGUACUUUUUCAAACGCCAGAACUCUGUUUUCAAACGCCAGAACUCCCUUUAUAAUGGGAGACCUUGGUUUUCAAAUGCCAGAAGCACCUUCUCAAACGCAAGAACUCCCUUUACAAAUGCCAGAACUCCUUUUACAAAUGCCAGAACUCCUUUUACAAAUGGCACAACUUGGUUUUCAAAUGCCACAACUAUACCUUUUUAAACACCAGAACUCCCUUUACGAAUGCCAGAACUCCCUUUACAAAUACCAGUACUCCCAGAACUUGGUUUUCAAACGCCAGAAUUCUGUUUUCAAAGUGGGAACAGAUAAUACGAACACAUUCUGUAAAAUAAGAGCAACAAAAUUUUCAUUUACAAUGCAUUUUGAUUUUUUUAUUCUGUUUCUUCAGGAACUUCGUGAUCGACUUGCCGCCAUGCUCAACUACAAUCUCACCCAACUAUCUGGUUCAAAAUGUCGAAAUUUAAAAGUAAAUAUCACCAUCAAAUUUUACCUAUUUCAUUUUAUAAACAUGACUAUAAUACUAGUUUCUUCUCUAGGUCGAGAAUCCUGAGAAAUAUAACUUUGAUCCAAAGACAUUGCUGAAUCGUAUAACAGAUAUAUAUCUUCAUUUGGAUUCUUCAGAAUUUGUAGAGGCUUUAGCGGCUGACGAGGUAUUUGUGUCUUAUUCACCUAAAGUUCCCCCUUGAGAUCCAGCGAGAUACAUCACUUAUUUGGCCAGGGUUACUGCAGGAGAAAACUAGACUGACUAACUUUACUUUUACUGGUAGCUCCAUCGCUUCUAAAAGUAAGUUUCAUCCCGUAUUUGUCCAUGUUACUACGGAACAUUAUUUAUGCUGGAAAGCUCGAUCACUUUUUCUCUAAAUUACUCUCGAUCCCAGCAAAGCCCAUGUCUUACAAGCUUCUAACAGAAAUAUAUUGUUUUAGCGUUCGUACAAGAAAGAAUUGUUCGUCGAUGCCUGCAAAUAUUUGAGGAAAGCAAACCUAAAGACAGAGGUAUGGUUCCCCACUGUUUUCUUAAAUUUAUUUAUUUACAAAUUAUUAAAUUAACGGCAGUUUUUGUUAGCUUCAAUGUAUUUAUUAUUAUUUUGCAAUAUAUGUUUUAUAGACGGAAUUAACAAAUUUCCAAAUCAUGUCAGAGAAUGUGGAAAAGAAAAAAAAUGAAAAUGCUCAAAAGGAGGAAGACUUUGGGGACGCGCCGGAGGAAUUCAAAGGUGGGUGGUAUGUACCAGUGGAGGGUAAUCGCCGAAUCGCGUGAAUCCAAUGUUGACGGGACAAGAAAUAUGGCAACACACACUUAAAUGUAAAAAGGAGAUAUUUCAUUUUUGGUCGUCUAAAAAGUUGAUAUUUGAUAGCAGAUAUUUCUGCCCUUUCACAUAUUUGACGCCUGUCACCAUAUAUUUUGUCCCUCCAAACGAUGAAUGCACUGUGAUCUCUUUUGGGGAAAGGCUAGAUGUAUGAGCUUCCCUUAUUCGUCCAGUGUUACUAUAACAAUAUUGUCAACUGCAAACAUUCUUCGACUCUUUACUGAUUAGAUCCUCUUAUGGAUACACUAAUGGUUGAGCCCGUGCUUCUUCCGACCAGCGGUAAAAUCAUGGACAGAGCAGUGAUCACACGUCAUCUACUAAACUCAUCAAACGACCCAUUUAACAGAAGUCCCUUAUCUAUGGAUCAGUUAGUGCCAGGUAAAUUAGAUAUAAGGUUUCCUAUAUGUCCUAUUGUCCUUUGCCUAUUAUUCAUUGUUCUAUUGUUCUUUUCUCAUUGUUCCAUUGUUCUUUUCCUAUUGUUCUAUUGAUCUUUUCCUAUUGUUCUUUUCCUAUUGUUCUAUUGUUCUUUUAAUAUUGUUCUAUUGAUCUUUUCCUAUUGUUCUUUCCUAUUGUUCUUUUCCUAUUGUUCUAUUGAUAUUUUCCUAUUGUUCUUCCCUAUUGUUCUUUUCCUAUUGUUCUAUUGUUAUUUUCCUAUUGUUCUUUCCUAUUGUUCUUUUCCUAUGGUUCUUUUCUAUUGUUCUAUUGAUAUUUUCCUGUUGUUCUUUCCUAUUGUUCUUUUCCUAUUGUUCUUUUCCUAUUGUUCUAUUGUUCUUUUCCUAUUGUUCUAUUGAUAUUUUCCUAAUGUUCUUUUCCUAUUGUUCUUUUCCUAUUGUCCUAUUGUUUUUGUUUAGCAACGGACUUGAAGGAGCGAAUUCAAAAAUGGAUAGAAACGAAAUCUCGUUCAAAAGCUGAUGGGAAUUAAAUGAAGUGUAAAUUUAAUUAAUAUAUAGAAGUCUAGGUUUGUUUUUGUAGCGUUUAAUAAUACUCGCUAAUACAUGCGUCACCUGUAUAAUUUGUUCUUUUAUCAAUGGAUAUCACUAGUAACGGUUCUUUCAUAAAACGUUUCGAAUCUAAGCUGUGUAUUUUUAAUAUAACAUGUCAGCUUGCAUGUGUAUUUAUUUUGUUUGCAUCGAGAUUGUUGUAAACACCCAUCGUAUGAAAUGUGAAUAAAUGAUAAAUUGUAACUUCUCGUCAUUCCAGUUCUUGAUGUUGUUACUGUUGUUGUUCUGCUUGUUCAUGUCCAAGUUGUUGUUUCUUUUGUUUUUGAUCAUAUACUAUAACAUGUUAAUUUGCGCAAUAUAAAUAUUAUCUUGGUGGUAUUGUUGUUGGUGGUGGUUGUGGUGGAGAUAGUGAUGUUGAUUUAAAAUUCUGCAAAGGCUUUUAAAUAUCCACAGGUCUUAGACCCUUCCAAGGUUAACGACGCCAUAAUGAAACACAAUAGUGCAUGGGGUGCAAACACAAUGGAAUUCCCUUUUGGGAAAUUUGCAGGGGGUGCAAAUACAAUGGUGAAAACAAUAGAUUCAAG